CUCUCUCUCUCUCUCUCUCAUGGUGUUUACAGCCUCAGAGAGCGUUGCAUAUCUGACAUUUCUCUCUCAAACUCCAACCAGCUCUGUUCUCAUCUGAAAGCAGCAGGGAGAAGACAGAAAGGAGAAGAGGUCACUGUUUUGUGUUGUGUAACCAGGACUGAUCCACUUCAGGACUGAGCUCAUCUCCAACUCCCAGCAGCGGUUUGAUCCCCUGAUUUCACCUCCUUAAACCAGCCGGACCCGCCCAGUCCAGCUCAGCUCGGUCCAGCCUGAGCCAGCUCUCUCCUGUCGUGAUCCAGCCAGGCCGCCGUCUCCAUGGAGCGCGUUCAGCACAUGACCAAGUCGGCCAUCCGCCGAGCGUCUCAGAUCGAGGUGAACCCGCAAACCAAGAGGAACCUGCAGGAGCUGUUCGUCAACUUCACCCUCAUCCUCAUCUGCCUGCUCCUCAUCUACAUCAUCGUGCUGCUGAGCAGCUGAGAGCGGCACAGCCGCCCGCAGAGGGAGUUGGGCAUGGGGGUGCGGCUGUGGGCCGGGUGGUUGGCUGAGAUAUGGGCUUUCGAUUACAAUAUAAAACAAUAAUAUUCAGGCUGCACCAUAUAUUGUACUCACCAUAUUAACUGCCGCAAUACAACACAAUCAGUAGGAAACUGCACUUUAAAAAAGCUUUCAUUUAUAGUCCAUUCAAUGUUCAUUUUGUUCAUUGUUGGAAAUUUCCUUUCAUUAUUU